CACCCUCUCCCGCCUCCCCGGCAGGGAAAGACGAAGUGGGAGGCGGAGGAAGGAAGAGAGGGGCGCCUCCGGUCCCGCGGGGGAAGACCCCUCUCUUUGUUCCACCCCCAGUGCUGCCAUGGCCGCUCCAGCAAAUGCGCAGACUGCCAGCAAAACUUGGGAGCUCAGCCUGUACGAACUCCACCGGACUCCCCAGGAGGCCAUCAUGGACGGGACGGAGAUCGCCGUCUCCCCGCGUAGCCUGCACAGUGAGCUGAUGUGCCCCAUCUGCCUGGACAUGCUGAAGCACACCAUGACCACCAAGGAGUGCCUGCACCGCUUCUGCUCGGACUGCAUCGUCACCGCCCUGCGCAGCGGGAACAAGGAGUGCCCGACCUGCCGCAAGAAGCUGGUCUCCAAGCGCUCCCUGCGCCCCGACCCAAACUUCGACGCCCUCAUCUCCAAGAUCUACCCCAGCCGGGACGAGUACGAGGCCCACCAGGACCGGGUGCUGGCCAAGCUCAACCGCCUGCACAACCAGCAGGCCCUGCGCAGCAGCAUGGAGGAGGGGCUGAAGAUGCAGGCCAUGAACCGGGGGCAGCGGGUCCGGAAGCAUCCCCAGGAGUCGGACAAUGCCACCUUCAGCGGGGCGGAGGACAACUGCGACAGCCGCUCCCACCUCAGCAACGCCUCGGCCCCCAGCCAGCCGGAGGCCGGGCCCAGCUGCAAGCGCUCGCGGGCCUCAGACGAGUCGGGCGCUGAGCCGGAGACCUCACAUGAGGGCGGGCGGGGCAGCCCCGAGCCGGGGGCUGAGUCUGGCAGCGGCAGCGAGAUUGAGCUGGUCUUCCGGCCCCACCCUGUCCUGGUAGAGAAGGGGAGCUACUCCCAGACCAGGUACGUCAAGACCACGGCUAACGCAACAGUGGACCACCUUUCCAAGUACCUGGCUCUGCGCAUCGCCCUGGAAGAGGCCCCUGGCCCAGGCCCCGAGGCCCCCGCCCUGGACGAUGUGAGCGAGAAGCAGUACACCAUCUACAUCACCACGGCCGGGGGGGCCUUCACGACGCUGAACGGGUCUGCGACUCUGGAGCUGGUGAACGAGAAGUACUGGAAGCUGAGCAGGCCGCUGGAGCUGUACUAUGCCCCCACCAAGGAACAGAAAUAACCUGAUGGACAGCAGCUAGCCGGGCAGGUGGAGAGCACCAGUUUUGCCCUCCAGGUGCCUCCCAAAAGAAGAUGCUUUGCUGGGGGGGUUAAUGCUUCACCCCCCUGUGACCCCCCCAAAUCUUCCAAGGCCGGCAGGGAAGGGCAGAGAUGCCCUUCUGUUCCGGCUUCUUCUCCCACGAAGGACGGGGGCUCCUGCCCUCCCUGCCUCCUCUGCGUGUGAGGGUGAUGGGGGGCGAGGUUCGUUUCCUGCCUUUUUACAGCUGUUUUUAUGGAACUGAAUUGAACACAGAAUAUUGCUCCUUUGAA